AUGCAAACAAUAAUAUUAAACAUUACGGAUGAGGGAACACCAGCUCCCAGUGUUGCAGAUGGCACCGGUGUUUUGUUUCUACCAGCUGUACCUCAGAAACCUAGAGCUUGGGAUACCAUUUACCCACUAUAUAAGCUCAGGUUUAUAAUUCCUGCGGGGAGCCAGGUCACCAGAGAAGGUCUCUUAUGGACAAAUUGCGCCCAGGACGCCUCCCUGAAUAUCAACCAUGAGAAAUUCUAUGUUAGACCACUUGAGUAUGACUUGAAGAAGGAUAAUAGGGUUGAUAUAUUUGUGUAUUCCGCUGGCGCGUACUGUUAUUAUUUAACAUACGUGAACGAACAAGGCUACAAAAGACAGACAGAGAAGUUUUACUUUGUUGCACCCCCGCUGUUGUAUAUGGGUACCAAGUAUGUGCCAUUGAACUCUAUCUCAAUGCAAACCGUUGUUUCUAAAUGGAUGGGAUCUGAUUGGGAGAAGGUAUUUUCCAAGAUCGCUGAAAAAGGGUAUAACACCAUACAUUUUACACCUUUACAGAAGAGAGGGGCUUCAAACUCGCCAUAUGCAAUUGCUGACCAGUUACAGUAUGAUCCCGCUUACUUCAAAUCUUCGACUGAUGUCUUCAGCAUGGUUUCAAAGUUGCGUGAAAAGCAUCGAAUGUUCUCAAUAACAGAUAUUGUCUUGAACCACACAGCUAGUGAUUCUCCAUGGUUGAAGCAGCAUCCAGAAGCUGGUUAUAAUUUGGAAAUUGCACCACAUUUGCAAGCUGCUGUUGAGUUAGAACUGGAGCUAUUAUCUUUCAGUGAUAAUUUGGAGAAAAUGGGGUACCCUGUGAAUAUAAAAUCUAAUGAUGAUAUAGCACAGAUAAUCGAGGGUAUUAAAACAAAGGUUUUAGAAAAACUCAAGUUGUGGGAAUUUUAUGUUCUAAACGUAGAUGGUACCUUAGCCGAGGUUAAAGGGCAAUGGGACGCACAUAAUGCGAUAGACAACGCGAUACCACCAGAGCUAAAAGAUGAUAAAGAAAAACUAGCAGCAUACGUGGUAGAAUAUGCUCGUGCUACAGAUUUUAGUAUUUUGUCUACAAGAUUCUCAAGACGACUUAACAUAUCCAGGUUUAUUAGAAUCAUAAAGUCACUCUAUGGUGCUGAAUUAAAUGUUGAAACGAGCAAUGAAAUACUGGCAAUAUUGAAUGCUAUAAACAUGCCAUUAUACAAGGAAUACGAUGCAGAUACCGAAACAAUUUUGAAACAGUUAUCCAAUAGGAUUUAUUACAUGCGGGUAGAUCCCAAAGGGCUUUUAUUAGGGCCAGUUACUGCAAAAGCACCGUUAAUUGAAGUCUACUUUACUAAAGUCAUUGGAGAAGAUGGAAGGAUACAUACUUUAGCAAAUAAUGGAUGGAUAUGGGGAGCUGAUCCACUAGUAGAUUUUGCAUCCAAUAAAUCUAAAGCGUACUUGCGUAGAGAGUUAAUUGUUUGGAGCGACUGUGUAAAAUUGAGAUACGGUGAUGGUCCUUGCGACUCCCCCUAUUUAUGGAAAAGGAUGACUGAUUACAUUAAAAUGAACGCCUUACUAUUUGAUGGGUUUAGGAUUGAUAAUUGCCACUCUACGCCAUUGCAUGUUGGUGAACAUUUUAUGCAUGUAGCAAGAAGCGUUAAACCUAACUUAUAUAUUGUUGCUGAGUUAUUCAGCGGCAACGCAAUAUUAGACCGUGUUUUUGUUGAGAGAUUGGGUAUUUCGUCCUUAAUAAGGGAAGCUAUGCAACCUUCAACCGUUGAAGGGCUUGCUCGUAUGUUACAUGAGUUUGGCGGCAAGCCAAUUGGAUCAUACAAAAACAUCCCAUUAGAGGAUUAUGCGUCCCAUUCUAAUGACAGUAUUACUGAUAUCACCUCUUUAUGCAAGCCUUUAGUUGAUGAUGAUGAAGAUCAUGAAGAUGCUAGUUACGAGCUCCUGAUCACUACAAAACCACCCGCUAUGAUCAUGGAUUGCACUCAUGAUAACAAAACUCCAUUUAUGCAAAGAACUGCAGAAGAUACGUUGCCCAAUGCUGCUGUAGUUGCGUUCUGCUCAUCUGCAAUUGGUUCUGUUUAUGGCUAUGAUGAGCUAUACCCAUACAUUUUGGACAUAGUUAAGGAAACUAGAACAUAUUCGGCUGCUAGCCUAGAUGGGAUAUCAAUAGUAAAAGAUAAACUUCACCUGUUAAGGAAUGAAAUCAAAGACAUAUCACCACUAGUAGAAGACUCCGAAUUACAUAUUGAGCAGUCUGACGAUUUCAUCACUAUUCAUAGGACGAAUACCAAAAAUGCGAAUGGUUUCUUCCUAAUCGCGAGAACUAAGUUUAGUCCAGGAGAUGGAGAUCCACAGGUUCACGAGUUCAAAUUACCAAGCGUCAAUUGCCAGUUGGAGUUCAGCUAUUGUUUACAAAUAGCUGGUGAUGUUCCUAAAGAUGAUGGAGCACAAUUCCAAGGGAUUCCUUCUACCCUAAGAGAAGUACAAGGAAUCGCAAUUACCUAUGAUAGCUCGGUCAAUGUUUCUACUAUAUUAGUACCAGGAGAGUUUUUUCCGGGAUCCAUUGCAGUGUUCAGGACUAAACAGAUUGCUUUUGAUGAAUCUUUAGAGCAUUUUAUUUACGAGGGUAUUUCUGAGGCGACGGAAACAUUAGAUUUAAAUUCUUUAAAUUUUAUGCUAUACAGAUGCAAGGCUGAAGAAUUAAAUCAAUCUGAUGGCAAGAUCGGUACUUAUUAUAUUCCAGAAUAUGGAGAACUCGUAUAUAGUGGGUUGCAAGGUUGGGCGACAGUGUUGAAAGAUAUUCUUCCUAGAAAUGAUUUAGACCAUCCAUUGAGCAAAAACCUACGGAACGGUCACUGGGCUUUAGAUUAUAUUACCGACAGAUUACAGUAUUAUAUUGAUGGUAACGGUAUUCGGGCAAUGAUUGACUGGUUAACACAGCGUUUUCAAAGGACAAAGAAAUUACCAUAUUACUUGGUACCAAAAUACUUUGCUACUAUAGUAGGAAUUGCCUACGCCGCAUGCCGUUUUAGAGCAAUUUCACUAUUAAACUCAGAUAUUGGUUCAUCUUCUUUAUUCAUUCAACGUUUAGCAUUGACAUCAGUGCAGAUGGUGUCUGUUAUGAAGACCACAUCAUUACUUCCUGACAAGCACGUUGCAUGUAUGGCCGCAGGAUUACCGCAUUUCACGGUAGAUUAUAUGCGCUGCUGGGGAAGAGAUAUAUUCUUAUCCGUCAGAGGUCUAUUGCUUAUAACUGGUAGGCAUGAAGAUGCUAAACAACAUAUUUUGGCGUUUGCUAAAACGAUAAAGCAUGGGCUUGUGCCCAACUUGCUAAAUUCCGGUAUAGAACCUAGAUAUAAUGCCCGAGACGCAGCUUGGUAUUUUUUGCAAGCUAUUCAGGAUUAUGUCAAGAUUGUACCCAACGGUCACCUAAUAUUAGAGGAAACUGUAACUAGGAGAUUCCCUCGUGAUGAUAGAUACAUUGAUGUGACAGACCCCGAGGCCUUCAGUCAGUCUUCCACGUUAAGUGAGAUAAUGUUCGAAAUUAUACACAGACAUGCAAAGGGAAUCAAAUAUCGCGAGGCAAAAGCUGGCCCUGAGUUGGACCGUAAUAUGACAGAUGAGGGUUUUAACGUUGAAGCAUAUAUUGAUUGGUCCACAGGAUUUGUUCAUGGUGGAUCUCCGUUUAAUUGUGGGACUUGGUGCGAUAAAAUGGGUGAAAGUGUAACCGCAGGAACGGUUGGAAAGCCAGGCACACCCCGCAAUGGUGCAGCGAUCGAGUUAGUUGGCAUGUUAAAGAGUGCGUUGAGAUUCUUUAUUGAGUUACAUGACCAAGGGCUAGUUGAGUACACAGGAGUAACACGGAUAGAUGGUUCUAUUAUUAGCUUUCAAGAAUGGAAUGAUUUAAUCCAGAGCUCCUUUGAAAGCAAAUUUUUUAUCCCCAUUGACCCUGCAGAUGACAUUAACUAUGAGCUUGACCCACAGCUAAUUAAACGUAGGGGUAUUUACAAGGAUUUGUUCAGGACUGGGAACCCCCGCGAAGACUAUCAGCUUCGUCCUAACUUUGCAGUUGCAAUGACUGCCGCUCCAGAGCUUUUUGACCCAAAACACGCCGUGCAUGCGCUAAAUGUGGCAAACCAAGUGAUCCGUGGCCCACUUGGAAUGCGUACUUUAGACCCAGCAGACGAAGAUUAUUACCCAUACUAUAACAAUAGCGAAGAAUCAACAAAUCCACACACAUCAAGGGGCAGAAACUACCACCAAGGUCCCGAGUGGGUUUGGGUCUUCGGUCACUUCUUGCGCGCUUUCUAUUACUUUAAUUUGCGGAAGACUCCUUCUGAUGACAAGCAAGCUCAGAAGCAUGCAUUAAUUAGGCUUCAACAGCAAGUCAAUGCAAUGUUAGAAGGGAAUCGUAGGUGGAUCGCUGAAAAUCCUUAUGCUGGAUUGCCCGAAUUGACAAAUAAGGAUGGCUCAUUCUGCAAGGAUGCUUGUUUUUCUCAGGCUUGGAGUUCAGCUACUGUCCUAGACUUCUUUUUUGACCUUACAACUAAGUAG